AAAUGAAGACGUUGUAGCUUGUAGGUACAGUACGUACCCAAAUAUUUAAACUCAGCUAGCUUCGCUAAAUUAUCAUACACUGCAACUCGAAGUGACGUAAACAUGGCCUCCGGUCACCGGGAAACUUCUAUGUCCGGCGAAGAAUUGAGCAUGGCUGGAUUAAGCGACUGCAUCGCCAAGUGUCUCCUUCAAUGUCAAGACCAAACUCUGCGCUGUCUCAUCGAGUCUGCCGCCGCCGGAGCCAAAAACCUCAGCGACGCGCAAAUCGUGCAGCUCCUCUGCUCCACCUUCCCUCUCACAUUCUCCCACCCCAACCGCAACCUCCUAAUCCAACGCGUCGCGAAAAUCACUCCGCUCUCGUGCAGGAGAGAGAGCGCCGGGGACGAGCCAGCAGCGAAAAGGCCAAAAUUUAUCGAGAGUCAGAAUGCGAAUCGGAAAAUUGAGGUAGCUAAGGCUUCUGCUUCAGCUAGUUAUUCUGAUUCUAACGGUUGGGAACUUGAUUCUGCUAGGAGUCAUAGAUAUGGUGGUGAUGAGAGAGAGAAGGAUGCGAAUGGGGAUAAUAUGGCUAUAAUUAGGGAUUCAGGGAGUAAAUUAGGGGAUAGCAUGAGAGAGGUGAAGAAGAAUGAGGAUAAGUGGCCAAUGUUUAGUGAUAUUGGUGGGUUGUAUUUUUUGAGUGAUUUGAAAAACGAGGUGAUUGCGCCGAUGCUCCAGUGGAAGCUACUGCGUCACUUUGGAGCUAAACCUACAGCCGGAAUUCUGUUACACGGGCCACCGGGCUGUGGGAAAACCAUGCUGGCUCGAGCCAUUGGCAAUGAGGCCCGAGUGCCGUUCUAUGAAAUUUCUGCUGUUACUUUGAAGUCUGGAGUUUCAGGUAUCCUAGAGUUAUUCUCCAGAGCAUACAAGAACGCACCAUCUAUUGUGUUCAUUGAUGAAAUUGAUGCAUUGACAUCAGAAACGGAAAGUUUGUGGCGGCAAUGCCCAGUAAAACAGUUGAUUGCUUGCAUGAAGAAAGCUGUGAAUGAUGGUUCUGAUUCUGAAAGAUCUAAUAGUGGACCUGGUGGCUAUGUGCUGACGAUUGGAGCAACCAAUAAGCCUAAUGCUCUUGACCUUGCCUUAAGGCGGCAGUUUGAUCGUGAAUUUGUUUUAAAUGUUCCAAAAGAAUAUCAACGGCAUCACAUACUAUCAGUUCUAACACGCAAUCAUAAUGUUGAAGAUGGUUUUGAUCUUGGGGAGGCAGCUAGGGUGACUCGGGGUUUUGUAGCAGGAGAUUUGGUAGAACUAGUAAAUAAUGCUCGUAUCCUUGAUUUUAGUGAUGCCAUUAGGGCGAGAGCUUUCAAAAAGGGCUUUAAAGAUGAGUAUGAAGCAUACGGAAAACCAUUUUCAGAUGAUGAACUGGAGGAGUACGGAUUAACCACGGACGGUAUUCAUGAAGCUAAUGAGAUGGUUCGGCCAUGUGCUGAAAUAGAAGAGUUUUCCAAAACACCAUGUAAAAACUGGGAUGAUAUUGGAGGCCUUCAAUUGUUGAAAUUGGAACUUGAACGCCGCAUAGUUAAGCUUACAAAGUUUCCACAAGUUUAUGAGUCUCUUGGGGAAAGUGGGAUGAAAAAAUUGCCCACCUCCUUUUUGCUUUAUGGUCCUUCGGGCUGCGGAAAGACAUUGCUUGUCGAGGCUUUGGCUAAAGAAGCAGGAGCGAAUUUCAUGCAUAUCAAGGGGACUGAACUAUUGAAGUUUGAGUGGACCAAGGUGAUUAUGGAAAAUAUUUUCAAAUGUGCAAAAACUCACCCUCCGUGUAUAGUUUUAUUUGAUGAGUUGGAUGUGUUGUCCCCAUAUGAUAUCACGGACAAAGAUCUAGAGGAUGACGAAUAUGCAUGGAAGUCGGAGGAAUAUAGAGAGAUAUGGGUCCAGCUUAGAGAUAUAAAAAAAGAAUCGCGUGUUCACGUGAUUGCUACAUCAAGUAGUCUAGAGAUUUUGAAGCGUAUCGCGCUCCUUAAAGAAGAUUUUGGUAGGAUGUUGUAUGCCCCUCUUCCUACUCCAGAAGAAAGAGGGGAGAUAUUAAAAAUUCUUGCUCGAUACAAGCCCAUAGAUGCCGAAGUGGAUCUGACGGCUCUAGGAAAAGACGCCGCAUGUGAAAAUUUCAGUGGUUCUGAUCUAUUUGCAUUGAUGACAGAAGCUACUAAGUUCGCCAUUGAUCGACCAGCAUUGUCUUGUGGGGGUAGCAUGACCAUCACAAAUGCAGAUUUUAAGGCCGCGUUAGCUAAAGUCUCCCCUUCUCUCUCGGCCAAGGAACGCAAGAAAUGGGCGCUACACGCGAAAAAGAUUGAUGUUGUUCGGGGCUCAUCUGCGAUGGACUGGUAGACUUAUGUCCACUAAUUUAUGUGUGCAUGAUGUGAGUUUCCUUCUCGUCUUUUGUAGCAUGUUAGUAAAAUGUUGAAGACCUCUCAUAUUUAUUGAGAUAUUAGUAACUUUGUUAGUACUAAACUUGUAUGAAUAUAGUUUAGUGUUUUUUUGCUA